AUGACAAAAAUCUGUAUAGUAGCUAUUGUGAUUAUACAUGCUUUAAUUCACCUAUCAUUCAGUUGUCUAAUAUUUGUUCGUUUUAAACAGUUUAUGGGAAAUAUCACUAUGGGAAAUAUUAGUGGCAAUAUUCAACGAAAAAUAAAUACAUUAAAAAAACGAAAUCAUUCAAAUCGUGGAGCUAAACCUAUUAAUGCGUUACUUAUUGUUGAUGUACAAUAUGAUUUUAUUGAUGGUACAUUAGCUCUUAAAGAUUGUCCAAGUCAUCAUCAAGGUGAACAAGUUAUACCGAUUAUAAAUAAAUUAUUAAAUGACAUUCAUUUUGACAUUAUUGUUUAUACUCAAGACUGGCAUACACCUGAUCAUAUAUCAUUUCAUGAAAAUUUACCAUUACGUGCACAUCUACUUGCAAAAGAGUCUAAAAAGGUUGAUGAAUUAAAAGUAUUUGAUACAGCUAUAUUUUUACUUGAUGAUGAAGCAAAAACAAAAAAAUUGCGUGUCGAACAAAUACUUUGGCCAACACAUUGUGUACAACACAGUCAUGGUGCUGAAUUACAUAAAGAUUUGCACAUAGUGAAACCAAAUAAACAUCGUCAAGUUGUUAAUUUAUUCAAAGGUAAUGACAGUGAUAUUGAUUCAUAUUCAGCAUUUUGGGAUAAUCAAAAAAUUCGUGAAACAGCAUUAAAUACAAAAUUAAAGGAACAUAAUGUUACAAAUGUAUUUAUAGCUGGUAUAGCAACUGAUGUUUGUGUCUAUUCAACAGCUUUACAUGCCGUUGAAUAUGGUUAUAGAACAUUUAUUGUUGAAGAUGCAUGCCGUGGUGUUGAUGUAACCAAUAUCAAUUUACGUCUUGAUGAAUUAAUUAAACGUAAUUGUGUGAUUGUACAAGCAAAUGAAAUUAAAGACAUAAUUUGA